AUGAAUUUGAUUAUGUCAUCGAUUGAUUCAUCAUAUGAAGCCCCCGGCAAUGAUACAACGUUGCAACUUGGGACGAAGAACUACCCAUCAAUUUCCAAUCCUGCAGAUAUCCAUAUUUCUUCAAAGGCCCCUAAAGCUCCAUUAUUUGCAAUUAAACCAACCUCCAAUUCAUCCACAACUCAGUUAAUUUCUUUUGGGAGCUCAUCAAGCUCAUCUGCAACCUUCAGCACUAAUAAUGAAGCAGGCAAAUCUGGUUCAAACCUUGUAAGAUUGAACACGAGAUUUUUUGCAAGUACUGAAAAGAGGACAGAUCAUUUCCCAGCAAUGAUUAGUUUUAAGGAGAACAAAAAUAUGGAUUUCUCUGCCUCUGCCGCGAGCAGUAGCAGUAGUUCUUCAGCUUCCUAA